AGAUAUAUAUAUAUAUAUAUAUAUGAUACUAUAUCCUUGGUGAAAUCAAAUUUAUGUGUUGUUUGGAUUAGUUCCCACUUGGUUGCAGAUGCCCCCAUAUCUUUUCUUCUUUACUCUUGCCUUUUUUCUGAAGUGGGUUUUGUAAUAUUCCAUCACUUGCACUUGACAAAACUCAACUCCAAUUAUAAGCUCAAGAUAUUGAAAAGGCAAGAAGAUGAAGUUUCUUCUUUCCCAUCACUUCAUUUGAUGCAAGAAUGAGCUUAGGGCAGUGAUUCAAACCCAUAUCCAUUUCUGUCGGCUAGUCAAGGAAAUCGAAGAUCGAUUAGGGGGCAAGAUCGAUGAAACAGUGAUGUGGAAUUGUGAGCCACAAAAGAAUACAAUAUAACCUUGACCAUGAAUCCAACAGAAACCGAUUUCGAAGCAAAGAAAGAAGAUGAUCCAAACUACAUCACUAACUUCUUAGUGCCCAAGAUCCCAUCCUCUUCAAGAAGAUGGUCAGUCCACAAAAAUCCAAGAAUUGUCAGGGUGUCGCGCUCUUUUGGAGGGAAAGACCGGCACAGCAAAGUAUGCACGGUGAGGGGAUUGAGAGACCGGCGAAUCCGAUUAUCAGUACCUACUGCAAUUCAGCUCUAUGAUCUUCAAGACAAGCUUGGAGUCAAUCAGCCAAGCAAAGUUGUGGAUUGGUUGCUGGAUGCUACAAAGAAUGAUAUCGAUAAGCUCCCCCCUCUUCCUAUGCUACCUGUAUUCCCUCAUUUAACACACCAACCAUUAGUCCCUACCCCUCAAUUACCAUCCAACACACAACCCCAUUUCCUAACUUCAAACCACCCCUUAUUUUGCUCGAAAGACUUCGGAUUAAGUCCACCAAAAGAUGGGAUCAAAAUGAAUGAAAAUGUAGAAGGGAAAGACAAGUGGAUUGCACCUCAUAAUCAAGAAAGUUUUGGAGGAUUUAUGGCUCAAAUCUCAGCACAAAACCUUUUCCCAUUACCCAAUCAAUCUUCUUUCCCAAACAUCCCUUACAACAAUCCUUACUUCCAUUUAGAUCAUCCAAACAUGUCCAUUUCCCAAUUUGGUACUUUCCCAAAUCAAAGUGAUCAUGAUCAUCACUCCCACAAUCUUUUGGCGCCGUCCUCGUUUCUUCCUUCUUUUAAUCCACCGCCUUUCUUCUGCCCUCCGGCGACUACCAAUAUGCCGCCGCCAUCCCUUAUCCCUUCAUUCCCUUCUGCAAUCAACAAUGACCUCAGACAAAUCAAUCCCUUGCAACCUAUCCAACAAAAUCCACUUCUUCCCACAACCCUCAACCUGAUUAGCUCUCCUGUGAAAUUUUUCCCCCCAAAUCUAAACCCUCGAAGUUUCCAUCCACAGGAAGAUGAUGCUGGAAGAUCAUCAAAAAAGGACAGCUGCAAAAAGCAUUUAAGCCAUCAGUAAGUUUUUUAUGCAUUCUUUUAGGGCUUAUAUAAAUGUCUUGGAUCGAAGAUCUUUACACAAGAGACGAUUCUUGAAGCUUUUACAGAUGACAUUGGCAUAUAUAUACAUAAAUCAAUGCCACCAUUUAGUAAGAAACUCUCGUCUUUAUAUAUAUAUAUAUAUAGAUAUAUAUAAGCAAUUAGUUUUACUAUUAGUUUUUUACUUUUUCUAUUACAAUAAACAUAUGAAUUUGUAAGUGUGUGUAUAUAUAAAUUCACGUACACUGGAUAUGUGUGAUGAAAUUCAAUCCUAGCAUAGCUGUAAGACCUACAUAAAGUUACAGCAGAUUGCUUGCAGAUCUGAAGUCAAUAAUUGAUUGGAUCAUGAAUGAGUGAUUGUGAAACAUGAGAUAAAAGCUACAUAUGUCAGUUGCUGUAUAUGGAUAAUUUGUGGAAGGAAUUUUAAA